CAUUUGGAAAAUUUUCAGAUUUUUGCCGCUACAAAUUGGGGGCGACUGCACUUCUUUCUUCAGGAAAUCCACUCUACCUUUUUUCUCUACAGCAUUUCAAUUGGGUGGCAGGUUAUGUCGAACCUAAAGCCACCAUCUACCUUGCAAGGAAUUGGGACUACCAGCGAUGGAGCUACUGCCACACCGCGACAGAAGUUUCGUAAAGGAGAUCGUUCGCGCCGAAUGUGGACACCACGUGAAGAGGAGAUUUUGGCUAGCUGUUUGGUUGAACUUGUUGCCGGUGGCUGGAAAUCAGACAACGGCUUUCGUGCGGGCUAUCUGCAAAAAAUUGAGGACAGUAUCCGCAUUGAAUUCCCAAAUACUGACAUCCAGGGAACUCCACAUGUAACUUCCAGGAUUUCUGCUUGGAAGAAAAGUUAUGGCAUUCUCCGCAACAUCCUUGCAAGAACUGGGGUUGGAUUCAACCACGAUGGUACUCAUAAGAUCGAUUGUGAUGACGAGCAAUGGGCGCAUAUAGUCAUGGCUGAUAAGAAUGCACGGGGCAUGCGGAGCAAAUCGUGGCCGCUAUGGGGAACCUGGCAGAUGAUUUUUGGGAAGGAUCGAGCUAGCGGAGGUGCGGCUGAAGAAGUUCAAAAAGCUGCUGCAGAAUUGCGCCCACAACGAGCCACUGUGAGCGAGUGCAAUGAGAACAACUUCUCACCCUCUACAGAUGAUGUUCUAGAUUCUGAGGCCAAUGGAGGCCCACUCCACACUGAUCUUCAUGACGAUGGUUCUGGCAAUGAAGGUAGAGUGACAUCUACGACGACCAAGGGCACUGGAAAGAAGCACAAAGUUGUGAGUAGCGACGAGGCGAUGAUGGAUUUUAUGGCUAAGCUGCAUGCAGACACGAACUCCCGUCUCGACUUGGUGGCUUCGAAAAUUGGAUACGAGUUUGAUUUGGGGAAGGCACGACAGGAGGUAUUCAACAAACUGGAGAUCGUUGAAGGCCUAUCUCUUGAGGAAAGGUAUGACCUAUGCAACAUACUAGGUGACAAAUCGCAACGCUUAGAAAUCUUCAUCGGCAUGCCUGCUCAUGCUCGAUUGGGGUACCUAAAGAGGCUGUUGAGCAAGCAUCGCGACUUCAAUUGAUGGUUGGAGCAGUGAUUGGGUUUGAUUAUGUACAUACAAUGCCAACUAUGAAAAUUAGUGACCGCUUUUUUGGUGUGUAAUGCGGCUGGGUAUUAGUGACCGUUUUUUUGGUGUGUAAUGUGGUCAAAAGUAGUGUGCUAUAUUUUGUACUGGGCUAUGCGGCAUAUGCGUUGUACUACGUAUAUACCCCGUAACGUUUUUGGGUGUGCUUCCAUAUGAAUAUUAUAUAUGUGUAUUUUGUGUUA